AUGCCAAGGAAAAUGGUUUAUCCCAAGGAUCGUCGUUUGUUGGUGUACCCUUUACUUAUUGUGUACUUUAUCCUGCUUUGGACUGUGUCCCUGAGCUUAAAUGGAGAAAGGCAGGUAGGGACCUGGACAAGGACAUACCCAUCUGGGUGUGCAAGAAGUUUGUCCGAGUUAUCGCUCUUUUCAGAUGAUUUUACAUUGAGUGAAAACCAGGACACGAAUAAGAAUCACAGCACUUCCAGAAAUGGCCACAAUAACAUGAAGCCGGAGGGGAAUCCACGUGCAGGGAUACAUGCAGUGGGCAGCAGGUCCGACGAAAGCUUAUUCGACAAGUCCGACGAAAGUCUGUUUGACAGGUCUGAUAGGAAGUUGGUUGACAGAUCUGAUAGGAAGUUGGUUGACAGGUCUGAUAGGAAGUUGGUUGACAGGUCCGAUAGGAAGUUGGUUGACAAGUCCGACAGGAAUCGGCUGGAUGCGUCCAAUGAUAGUUUGUUUGACAGGUCCGACGAAAGUCUGUUUGACAAGUCCGACGAAAGUUUGUUUGAUAGAUCCGAUAGAAAUCUUCUUGACGGAUCCAAUGAAAGUUUGUUUGACGGAUCCAAUGAAAGUCUGUUUGACGGGUCCAAUGAAAGUCUGUUUGACAAGUCCGACGAAAAUCUGUUUGACAGGUCCCAUAGGAAGUUGGUUGGCAAGUCCCAUGCGGGAAAAAAUAAGAAGCCCCACCUUCGUCGAAGUUCUGGGGCCUACCCUAAACAAAAUUCUGGGUCCAACCCUCAACAAAGUUCUGGAUCCAACCCUCAACAAAGUUCCGGAUCUUAUCCUCAACAAAGUUCUGGAUCUUACCCCCAGCAAAGUUCUGGAUCCUACGUUCAUACAACGUAUGUAGGUUUUCCUCAUACAACUUAUGUGGCUCACCCUCAUACAACAUAUGUAGGUUACACUUAUCCAACGUAUCUGGGUUACACUUAUCCAUCGUGUGUAAGUUACCCUUAUCACACUUAUGGAGGUUGCACUUAUCCAACUUAUGCAGCUGCGGCAGGACAUUACUGUGGAGGCAUGUACCUUUUUUAA